AUGCGUUAAAAAUAAGGAAAGGAAGAUACCAAAGCCUUCGCCGCCCAUCGCUGCAACUUCUUGACAAGCUUGCAUUCCUUCCUCGGUGUCUUUUCUCUGCCAUGCCUAAAAUUGAGCUCAGCAACACAACAAAAGUGAUGCCACCAAAUUUCCUAUCCAGCCUAAAGCGACAUACUCGUCCCCUAAUUUGGAUGGCCGGCAUAAUCUGCGCCACCAUAGCUGUUGCUGUGAUUAUCGCAGGCAUCGUUAACUUCAUCGGCUACGUGACGAUCCGCCCUACGGUGCCUUCAAUCAGCGUAACCUACGGACAUCUCGAUAGAAUCCGAAACAGCAGAAUCGGAUUGCUUGAAGUCCAGAUGAAGAUCGUCGUCCGAGCCGAGAAUCAAAAUGCUAGAGCACAGGCAAGCUUCUCACAUACCGAUUUCGUCCUGAUCUUCGACGGCAUAGAAAUUGCAUCACUGAUGGCUCACCGGCCGUUCAAAGUGAAUAAGAUGAGCUACCUGGAUUUGCAUUUCUUAGUGGAAUCAUCGGCUAUUCCGCUCAAUCCUAUGCAGAUGCAGCAUCUAAGCUGGUCGCUGAAUAGGAAUUUGAUGCAAUUCGAUCUUAAAGGAAGCUCGAGAACUCGAUGGCGAGUUGGAGUUCUGGGACCGCUCAAGUUUUGGUGCCAUUUGAACUGUCGCCUCAGGUUUUACCCGCGCAAUGGAAGCUACAUUCCCGCGCCUUGUUCUUCAAAGGAUAAGUAAUUUGCGGAAGAACUUAAAUUUUGAAUUAAUUUUAAAACCACAAAUACAUGUAAA